UUCUUUAAUGUACUCAGAGUAGCCUGGUUUUUACACAUGCAAGGUCUGUGUGGUGUUUAUACGGACAAAGUGUCAGUGUCGGUGAUGGAGGGAGAUUCAGUCACUCUGCACACUAAGGUUGAAACGAAGCACCAAGAGAGUAUUAAAUGGUAUCUCAGCGGCUCUCGCAUCGCUCAAAUCGAUGGAGAUCUCAGUUUUAUCUGUACAGACGUUCAGUGUAGUGAAGGAACUGAGAGAUUCAGAGACAGACUAAAGCUGGACAGUCAGACUGGAUCUCUGACCAUCACAAACAUCACAAACACAGACUCUGGGGAAUAUAAGCUAAAAAUCAUCAGCAGCAGUGACAGUGAAAGGAUCUUCAGUGUUUCUGUCAAUGAUGCUCCUGCUGCUGAUCUAUAUGAAAUGAAAGAGGGAGAGUCUGUCGCUUUAGACGUUGGUGUAAUAAAACACCCGAAUGAUGUGAUGACGUGGUAUUUUAAUGACACUCUCAUCGCUGAAAUCACUGGAGAUCAGCGUAAAAUCUGUACAGAUGAUCGGCGUUAUAAGAGAUUCGGAGACAGAUUGAAGGUGGAUCAUCAGACUGGAUCUCUGACCAUCACGAAUAUCAAAAUCACAGAUUCUGGAGAAUAUAAACUUAAGAUCAACAGCAGCAGCAGCACAUUCAGUAUCACCAGAGUGAAGAGAUUUAGUAUUUCUAUCACUUCUCUUCCAGAUUCAGGUCUGUCUUCAGCUGCUGUUGCAGGAGUAGUUGUUGCUGCUCUUCUUUGCUGGUUGCUGCUGUAG